CUCGUUGUCCAUUCGACCGCCGCAGUUGCUCCCUGGCCAUUGUUGCGCUCGGACGUAUCGCUCCUGGCCAAGGUUCGAACCCCGUGUGUGAAUGUGGUGUGUAUGAGUGCAUGGUGUGUGCAGUGUAGCGCCGUACCCCAUGUGACGAGGUAAACCUAGUGUCUCAUGCGAGGGGCGCUGCUCGUCCAACCCUUGAAUCAGUGAUUAAAGUGGUUCCAUACCUUUUUUUUUUCUUUCAAGGGAAGCAUAAGGCAGUGUUCGCGAAGCCAUUACGUAAAAUAGUUUGCAUAUACUCACCCCUCGACUCAGGCUGCGUGAUACAUAUUGGUGAAUAUUUACAGAGAAAAUGUCGACAUAAGCAGUUGGACUGUUUCAUUAACUUGCUUACCUCCACAAGACCCUGGACAGCAGCCCUGACCUCCCUUCACGCCACGCUAUGUGAAACUCCGGGGGGUUGAACCUGGGUCCUUGCGUGUCUGUAUGUUGUGUUGUGUCUGGGCACUAGUACAAGUCGUCGCUCACGACCCUCCUUCGUGUGGUCAUGAAAGAGGUUGAACUGAUGCUGGUAUUUAGAUCGAACGGGAGUCGAAUGAUGGCCCUGCUGGUGUUGGUGUGCCUCACCUUCACCGCUACCGCAGCCCUGGGUGACCCCGUUGUGUCCUCAAACGUGACCCCUAGCCUCUCUGUGACCUCGCAGCCCCUGCCAACAGAGGUCACAGAGGUUAAGCGUGUCACAGAGGCAGGCGGAGGCACCGGUCUCCUGGGAAUGGAGAUCUUGAAUCAGCAGAUGGACUCCAUUUCUCACUACGUCCUCAGAGACCCGACGUACCUGGUGGUGACACCGAGGCUGGUAAGAGCCGGUCAGGUGUACCGUCUGGUGGUCAACAUCCUGGAGCCUUCACCCUCGCUCGUCGUCAGAGCCACCAUCUUCAGAGACAAUAUAGAGCUUGCGGCCGUCGAACAUGAGUGUGAGAGUGACACUCCUCAAGUUUUGGAGCUCAUGGUACCCCCCGGCAGCACCAACGGCAAGUACCGACUUCGUCUGGAGGGGAACGAGAUCGGUGGUCUGACAGGGUCUUCCUUCAUCAACGAGACAGUGCUGGUGUUCAGCACCCGGGGAGCCACAGUACUUGUCCAGACGGAUAAAUCCAUCUACAAGCAGGGAGACACGGUGCGGUUCCGUGUGGUGGCGUUGGACACGGCCGUCAAGAUGGUGGAAGACUCUGUGGAUGUAUUUAUCCUCAAUCCGCGAGGCGUCCUGGUCAGGCGGUGGCUGUCUCGACAGUGCCGGGAAGGUCCAGUGACACUGGAGUUCGCGUUGAGUGAGGAGCCAGACUACGGCAGUUGGACCAUCAGAGUAGAGGCCAGCAACUCCUUCACUCAACACAUCUUCAGCGUUGAGGAGUUCCAUCAACCGAGGUUUGAGGUUGAGGUGCGUGUACCAUCCUUCCUGGCUGCUGAUGCAGACUACCUGGAGGGUGUCGUGGUCGCCAACUACACAUCAGGUGCACCCAUCACCGGCAACGUUACGGUGCGGGCAGCAGUGCGGCCUGUCGGACCCCGGGCGUACCCACAUUACGGCCCUGAUCCCUCAGUGGCCCAGCCUCAUGCUAUGUUUGCUGGAGUUUUUGCCUUCAAGUUCCGGAUGUCAGACCUGGAAGAGCUGGUGUCGGCGACGGAGGGUCGGGAGGUGAGAGUGACCGCCACUGUAGGAGACGCCUACUGGGAUGUGGCCCACUCUGGCUACGCCUCCACUAGGAUCUUCAGCUCGACCAUCAAACUCGACUUCCUAGGAGAGUCUCCGCAGGUCCUACGCCCCGCAAUGCCCUUCAAAUUUUACUUGUCUGCGACGCAGCACGACGGAUCCAAGGUUCCGGAGUGGCGGCUCUCCCGACACAGACUGCUGGUGAGCCCCGAGGUGACACUUUACACCGGUGAGAGGCGGAAGCUUCUUUCCCGCACCGUCAAGAUGACCCACGCUCGCUACGCUCUCUGGGAAGCUGAGAUUGACCUCCAUGUUGAGCUAGUGGACGUUGAAGUUGCCAUGGAAAUCGAGUCCAUGCGCCUGGACGCCGAGUUGAAGGAUGCCAUGGGCAGUCGCUCCUACGCCUCCCUGAUCACCGUGGCCCACCACUCUCCUAAAGGACGCCACCUUCAAGUCACAACCAGCACUAGGAGCCCUAAGGUGGGUGAGUACGUCAUCCUUCACGUGAGGAGCAACUUCUACCUGGAGAGGUUCCGCUACGUCUUGCUGAGCAAAGGCAUGGUGAUCGAGGCAGGUCAGCAGCGCAUGGAGGCCUCGUUGAAGACCUUCCCACUGCCGCUGUCAGCAGAGGUGGCUGGAGUGGCUACUGUGGUGGUAUACACCUUGGGACGAGACGAGGAGCUAGUGGCUGACGCCCUCACCUUCCCCGUCGAUGCCCUCACUAGGAAGGGCCUCCGUGUGGCUCUACAGGAGGACGCAGGCCACGAGGGCCUAAGGGUCACAGUAUCGGCCCUACCCGGCAGCCGGGUGUCCCUGGCUGGCUCCCACUGGGCAUCGUACAGCAUGCAGGCCGGCAACGACCUCACCCACGCUAAGAUCCUCUUCCAAAUGGCGCAGGACACCACCAUGUCGCAGCAGGAGCCACUGGAACAGAAAUGGGUCUCUGAGGAUGGACUUCCUGCUAACAUCCUUCACCUGCCCCGGGCAUCACCAGGAGUUGAUCCCAACGCUACGUUCUCGUAUGCAGACUUACUGGUAUUGUCUGAUGGUCUAGUGCCAACGCUGGGUCGAGCGUGUGGAGUUGGCACUGGUCGAGGUCAGUGCCUGCUGGGUGGCUGCUACAAUGCCGUGGCUCGCUGCGAUGGCAAGUACGACUGUCUCGAUCGCGUCGACGAGCAAGGAUGUGGUGUACGAGGAGCCGCAGCAGAAAUCUGGCCUGGUACCGCCAGCACCGUGCCAGCAGACUGAGGCGCCAUUAUGACACACCAUGGGUAUGGCAGGAGGUCAUGGUUGGUGAUUCUGGCAGCACCACCAUCACAGUUCCUCUCCCAUUCGGGCCAGUCCACCUGGCACUCUCUGCCUUCAGCCUCCACCCAGAACAUGG